CCUCCCACUCUACUGGGCCGCGAGGAAGUCGCAAGAUGGCUGAUGUCGCUUGGAAGUAAUGUUCCCCUCUGCAACAUGAAGCCGUGAGUGUGGAAGAAAGCGAGGGAGGCACCAUCGGGCUUUUAUUUUUAUUUUCUUUUAGUUCCUUUUAUUUUAUUUCGUCAAACAUCCAUCUCAUUCCGCGUCGUGUCCGCCCCGGACUUGUCUUCGGGAGUUGACGCGUCAAAUCACGCCGGGGACCCUGCCAGCAGCUCUGCUAACAGCUAGCCUCAGUUAGCAAAUAUUAGUGGAGCUAGCCCGUCAGCCAGGCACACUGCUCAUUAGUUUGUUUUAAUUGAUAUUCUGACACGGGGAACCAACAAGUUACCGCUACAAAUGUGCUGAAAAUCCUCUGAAGUGGUGCAGAAUAAAUGUCAACAUUUUCAGCUGUCAGUUAAAAACAACGAAUUUCAAGCUGCUCGAUUCAACAUCAUGUCCGCGAACUGGCCAUCCAGCCCGUGGGUUGCUAACUAAUGCGCAGUAUUGCAUCUGUUUCAUGUGCACUAACCAAGCGGGAUUGCUAUUUUGUAGACAUUUCUCAGUAAUAUCCACCACGUCGCUGCAUCUCUCUCGCUACUCGCUGCCAACUACAUUUUGGAAGCUGGUUGUGUUGAAGCCAAAUUAUGGGAGCAGGAAAUGUGUUGAACUUUUUCUGCUUGUAGGUAGCUGCACUGGCCUUGCUGGCACCUCACCAAAAAUCCACAGGGAUGGACACUAAACUGAGCACCCACGACCAAAACUGAGAAAUUGGCAUUUUGAUAUUUCGGGUUCAGCAACAUUAGCAGACACGCGUGUGGAGCAGUGCGUGGUUACUGGUUUUCAGUGUAGUCUGGGCUACAGAUAGGUUGUUUUGCAGGGUUAACCUAACUACAGUUAGUCACUACAUCGGAGACCGGUUAGCUUGCCUAGAGUGCACAGCUAGCUAGUGUCUCGCCCCACAACACACCACAACCACGGCGUACAGAACGUAUUCAGAGCCCGCUCCCGGCCACACGCACAGGCUCAACAACACCGUCAUGGGAGUGCAGGGUUUCCAAGAGUAUCUAGAGAAGCGGUGUCCCGGGGCCGCAGUCCCAGUGGACCUACUAAAGCUCGCCCGUACCGCGGCCCGCCAGCCCCCUCACCAUCAUCACCCACACCACCACCAUCACCCCGGGCCCAUGCCUCCCCCGCCCCCGCCUGCCAGGAUCUUAAUCGACGCUGACUCCGGCCUGCAGCGCCUGUACGGCGGCUACCAGACGGACUGGGUGUGCGGAGGCGAGUGGAACGCCAUGCUGGGCUACCUGGCCGCCCUGUCCCAGGCCUGCCUGUACCAGGGUGGCCUGGAGCUGGUCGUGGUUUUCAACGGCACGCUGGGGAAGGAGCGCUGGCCCGAGUGGGCGCGGCGAGCUCAGGGCCAGCGACAGACGGCGCAGCUGAUAGUCAACCACGUCGGCAGCAAGGCCACCCCGCCUCCCCGGGCAUGGUUCCUGCCCCCGGCCUGCCUCAGCCACUGCGUCCGCCUCGCCAUGUUCCGCUUCCGAGUGCGGGUUGUACAGACUUUGGAGGACCACCACCAGGAAGUGCUGUCUCUCUAUAGGGACUAUGGAUUUGCCGGCCUAAUUGCUCAGGAUUCUGAGUUUGCCCUCUGCAACGUACCUGCCUACUUCUCCUCACAUGCGCUCAAACUGAGCUGGAACGGCAAGAACCUGACCACACACCAAUAUCUGCUGUCUGAGGCCGCCAGGCAGCUCGGGCUAAAGACACAGCACCUGCCCUGCUUCGCUGCUCUGCUGGGAAAUCAUAUUCUGCCUGAUGAGGACCUGGCUGCCUUCCACUGGAGCCUGCUGGGACCAGAACACCCACUAGCUUCCCUCAAGGUGCGAGCCCAUCAGUUGGUGCUGCCGCCCUGUGAGGUGGUGAUCAAAGCCGUCUCAGAGUACGUCUCCUCCAUCAAAGACCUGGGAAACCUCGAUGCCAUUGCCAGAGAUGUCUUCAAACAGUCACAGUCUCGUAUGGAGGACAAGGUGGAGCGCUUCAAGAAAGCUGUGGAGUAUUUCUCAGCUGCCUCCAAACCACGCUCGCCUAAUAUGGGGCCCUCCUCUUUCAUCUUACCCGGGUUUGGACCCGGUCCAUUUGGGGGACCACCUGGCCACAUGGGACCGAUGCAGCCUGGAAAGAAUCAGUUCCCUCCCCCCCAGGUUCCAGGAUUAAAGCCACCCUAUCAGAAUGCUCCAUACGGACCUGGCCCCGCCCCUCUGUUCCAGACCCCCCAGCCACCAUCCCAAGACUGCAACGACUCGCUGACCACCAAGAUGGGCUUCACUGACUGGUCAGCGCCAUAUGAUUCUACACAGAGCGGAAGUCGAUUACCCAAUCAUCACACCGGCACUCAGUCCGGCCCCUCUCCAUCUCCUUCUUCAUCAUCUGAUGGAGAUGAACCAAAUGACAGCAACGCAAACCAUUUGACAGACAAGCCCUCUCGGUGGGAGGAUCCCGCUGGAAGAGGGGGCUCGGCUUCUGGAGACGGUUCCCAAGGCAACGGGAGCGGGUCAAACAUUCCGUCACUGUUGUCUAUGGCGACGCGGAGUCACAUGGACAUAACCACACCCCCCCUGCCUCAGGUCAGUGCUGAGGUUCUUCGUGUAGCUGAACAUAGACACAGAAGAGGACUGAUGUACCCCCAGAUUUACCACAUAUUGACCAAGGGAGAGAUGAAGAUGCCAGUGUGUAUAGAGGACGAGUGUAACUCUGAACUGCCUCCUGCAUCUCUGCUGUUCCGUGCUGCCAGACAGUAUGCCUACGGCGUCCUCUUCAGCCUGGCUGAAACACACCGCCGCCUGGAGAGGCUCGCUCUCCGCAAGAGGGCUCCCCUGGAAGUUCCUCCAGUCAUAGUCAAAGAGUGGAGCAGCGGAAAGGCCAAGUCAGCCCUGACACCGGAGCUGGUUCCAGCUCUGUGUUUCCGGGAAUGGACCUGCCCCAACCUGCGGCGGCUAUGGUUGGGUCGUGCCAGCGAGGACCGCUCCAGGAGAACCAGGGCCUUCUUGGCCUGCCUACGCUCCGACUGCCCAGCCCUACUCAACCCAGCACAGGUCCCACAGCAUCUGCUGCUCAUGUGCUGCGUGCUCAGGUAUAUGAUGCAGUGGCCUGGGGGAAGGAUCCUCCAGAGACAUGAGCUCGAUGCCUUCCUGGCCCAAGCUGUUUCUAGCCAGCUCUAUGAACCCGACCAGCUACAGGAGCUCAAGGUGGAGAAGGUGGAUGCCCGUGGUGUGCAACUGGCCGCCCUCUUUAUGGCUGGUGUUGACACAGCGCUGUUCAUCAAUGAUGUCUGCGGCCAGCCGUUACCGUGGGAACACUGCUGCCCCUGGGGCUUCUUUGACGGCAAACUGUUCCAGAGCAAACUGGCCCGGGCUGCUCGUGACCGGGCUGCCCUGCUCGACAUGUGCGAGGGCCAGGAGGAGCUGGUGUCCAAGGUCGAGAAGAUGCGUCAGGCGAUCCUGGAGGGCAUCAACUUGUCCCGCCCUCCUCCUCCUCCCCCUCCUCUCCCACCUCCAGCUUUCCUCCCUCCUGCCAUGGUGCCCCCUUUUUACCCCAUGCCUCCUCUUUACCCACCUCGCCCUAUGGGCGGCAUGCCUCCUCAUCAUCACCCUCAUCAUCCACAUCACCCCGCCCAGCACAGACCCAGAGCCUUCCCAGGCAUUCAGUCCAUCCCCCCUCAGGGAGGAAAACUGGAGAUAGCUGGCAUGGUGGUCGGCCAGUGGGCUGGGAACAAGCCAGUCCGUGGAAGAGGGGGCUUCAACAUGCAGGUGGUGUCAGUGGGAGCAGGGAAAGGGAGGGGUAAAGAGAUUCCAGCAAAAGUCAGGGGAGGGAAAAAGACGACCGCCAACAGAACACAGACGUCACCCCCCCCAUCCAGCAGUCCCCCAAAGCCCUCAGAGGAGGUGGGCUCAACGCCAGAAGUUGCAACUCAGCAGCUGAACGGCAGCUCAGCAGCCUCCGCCAUCGGCCAGCCUUUGGAGCUGGCCCCCCUGGCCCAGCCAAUCCCGUGUGCCUUAGCCAGCAGAGACAACCAAUCAGAGGGGGUGGAAGUGGAGGCCCCCUGUUGCCUUGACGACUGCCCGUCAGACGGAGCGCUACAGAAGGAGGAGUGAUGGCGUCCUUCGUUGGACGCGCUGCUCUAAGAAAGUUAUCUGUGUUCGACUGCCUUUCCCUGUUUUUGUAGCCCUGUCCGCUAGCUGUGAACAUUAUCACAUGGAGCAGGAAGUGAAGCGAGUCCCCUCGUCUCCUCUGCUGCUCCACGUGAUAGACUGAAGCAGCUAGCUGUUGCUCCCUUUUUAGUUUUCUCAUGUGGUUUUACAUUGUUUUAUUAAGAGAGGUCUUCUCCAUGAGUCUGUAAGCGCCCCACCCUUCGAAAUUCCUAAAUGCCUCCCUCCUGCACUCAGAGCAAAAUAAGCUUGAAGCCCCGCCCCCCAUCGCGACCAAUCAGUUAAACGAGCCCCUCCCCCCUUUAACAGGGGUAUCUGUACAGUUUAAGUUUCUUAUUUCAGUGGUCCCAUUGUUUGAAUCUCUGCACACAGAUGUUAAGCUUGCGGUUACGGUGACAGAUUGGAUGUGGUUUCCAUGGUUACAGCAGCUAGGACUGGUUGCCAUGGUCAGUAGUUGUGUAUUUAUGUGGUUUGUUGCCAUAGCCAUCUCGUGAGAGGUUUGUCUUACAUGGGCUUAGAGGGAUGUUCAGAGUUUGACUCUGGAUAUGUGGGAAAGCGAUGUACCAUUUUUCUGUGCAGCGACCCUCGUCCCCACAUCAUACUCUGCCAGCAAUGCUACACACAAAGUGUUAGCAUGCAUGCUAAACACACAGUGUUAGCAUGCAUGCUAACAACAAACCCCUUUAUAGAUUGAUUGGUUUAUCUAUUACUGGAGCACUUCUGCACCACCAUGGCAAUAGUGUGCUAUCUUACUUUGACCGAUGUAGCAUAGCCUAGUGCUUAGCUGUGCUAGGAGACCCAGGAAUUUAUGCACCUUAAGCCCCUAAAGUAUGCAAGAUUUUACCCCGCUCCUCAAAAAAAAAGUGCAUUAUUAUUAUAUUAUUGUCCCGCCCCCUUGUCCCUUUCUCCCAAAGCUUUGAUUGUAUUACCCCAACAGAAGCACUUAUUGUUGUAUUUAAAUAUAAUGAAUUUGAACGAGCCCCUAUAAAGUUGAACUGACCCUCUGUGAAGGGUGUCCCUUGCGCUAAGUAAAUCAUUAUUAUGUAUGACUACAUUUAAAGGUAGAGAUCUAUUUGAGAGACGUCAGAAUGUGAACAGAGUGGUUUCAGACAAAGAAGCACUUUGUUUUAAAAAUGUUAAACCACACUGGACAGUCCUCUACCAGGUGACAAAGAAAUAAAAAGAAAAACUCUGAGGCACCUUCUUGAGUUAAGGCCAAAAAGAAAAGAAUAUUGCUGCCCAUGAGAAGAUGGAAGUGAAUGGUGAGGGUUUGGGUAACUGCUGCCACGCAGAGUUCCCUUCAGACUGGCCUCACACAUUCAGUCAAGAACUUUGCAAUGAAGCUGCAAGGAGUUGUGAUCGUCCGUGUCAAGGACUCCUAGGAAUCAUUUCGGAUUUCUAAAAAAGUUAUUUCCAAAGUGUAUUUUAUUAAGGCUUGCCUCCUGAGGCAGCCAGAGAUAUAAAAGAGUGUGGCAGCAACGCCUCUAUGAUCCCUCCACCCUCAGGUGGUGAUUGAGCAACUGUUGUCAUUACGAUAGCCCAACGCCGAGAGCUGCUGCCCGGCAGAGCUCCGGUGUGUCACUUUAGACCAGCAGGAAGCACUUCCCUGCCCUGAAGUUCCGUCUGCCAGACACGGCAGAGACUUUAUAGGCUGGAUCACAUGUCACAUGACGAGGGAGAGGGAGGCCUCACUGCGGACCUGAGGGUGCCGCUUCACAAUCUGAGACUUCUAAGAUACCGAAAUAUUUUAUUCGAGCACUUAUGUUUGUAGAGAAUGAAAUGUGUCCCCCACAGUACGUCUCAUCUGACAAUGGAAAUACAAGUAUGUACUUCUUACCGAUUACUGGUAGCACAACUGCAAAUGUAAAAGCAGUAGACUGACAGAAACUGCCUGAGAGAUGCUGGCCACGAACAUUUUAAGCUCUAUAAACUUACUGAGAGAGGCUGAAAUCAACUCAUUACGUGAAAAAAAAAAAAAAAAGGCAAGUCAACAAGAAGCACCUUAUUUUCUUACUAUGUUGAAGACUUGUGCUCACUCGUGUGCCACAAAAUUGACAUGGAACAAGCUCUUAUGAAAUGCCGUGUUGAAGGAAAAAAAAAACCCUGACGAUAUAUAUGUAAGUGUUAAUGUAGUCGCGUCAGACAUCCCCUCUGUUAUGAACUCAACCAUUACAGUGACACGCUGACAGUUGACCCGGCCGUGAGUGUAGGCCUACGCUCGAUGUCGCAGGGCUGGGCCGCGCCACCGUCUCUUACACCAACACCAAAUGAAAUCAGAGGUCUCGGACUUGUUAGCCGUUAUUGGUAGGGAUUAAGCAUAACGAGUGCUGUAGGUGUUUAUAGGUAAAGAGUAGGUAACAGCAUUGGGGCUUAACACAGAACUGUAAAACACAGACACCAAGACUAGGCUAGAGAAUAUAGCUCCACUGGCCGAAUUACUAAGUCUAGAAUUACUAGGAGUCAUAUACUUAACUGCUUUCAACUUUUGACAUUAGUACAAAUAUGUGUAUCGCAGCAGUACAUUGUUAGAAGAUGGCUUUUCUGCGGCGAGCCAGAGUGUGAUCUGGUAUACGAUGCCCUCUCUUGAUUCGCUCGCCAGAUAACAGUUCCACACACACGCACGUACACACACAUAUAAAACACACACACACACACACACAUAUAUAUAUACACACAUGACAGACAGACAGACAGGUAUCAGUUGCAUUUGUUACCAGCAGCAUUCUCUCUGCUUUUGUGCUGAAGUGAUUUUGUGCAGUUUCAGUUCCCAGUCGAGUGGUCGUCAGUUCAUCAGAGAUCAUUUUGGUAACACAUUCUACUGACUCAGACGUCCCACAUUCACAAAGGUUGCAUGGAUGGAUUAGAAACUCACGUCAGAGGUCUCAGAGAAAAACAAACCAUCCAUACACACAGCAUAUUAACACUGACAGACACACACCUACACACACACAGUUACAUAGAUGUUAAAUCCUGAGUUACACAGUAGCUAGUAUGGGAAAAAAAAAAGUCAACACAACACAUGAUGUAGUGUCCCUCUUUUGUCCUUGUCUGUUUUAGUUUGAUAGGUAUUUGAUCAGUGAUUUUUAUGCUUGUUAUCCUAACCCUGCCCUGCUACGACACUUUUUCUCGCCUCCCCUCCCAGCACCCUACCCAUUCACUCACUUCUUUUUUCCACCCUCAAAUAUUCCUCGUAGAGCACAUUCAUCCACUCACACAGACAAAAACACACACACACACACACACCCCAAACAUGCCCGCUGAUGCUGGUUAAAAGCAGCCACACACAAACACAGAUAUUGUACACACAGGUUAACACCCCACCCCCCCACCCCUUGAAUUUCAGUUUUCUUUCACCUCCCUCUCUGCCUCUCCGUUAGCCGUUAGGACCGUUUCUAUUGGCCGUUUUUUCUCUUUUCUCUUUGGGCUGCCCCGCCCCUUAAUCAAACCCAACUAACAGUAAAGGUUAUAUUAACGUUGAUAAUCAGUUUCUGUAUGUAUCUAGCCAGAGUGGAAAAAAAAAUCUGAAAAAAAAAAUCAAAACUGUUUUAUUAAAUUGUGCAAAUGUGUUUUUCUUACUAUUUUUAAUGUUAUUACAUCUUCUAAUCUAAUCCUUCUUCCAUUGCUUCAGUUAGUACUGAAAUACGCUUAGCCAACCUAGAGAUUUGAACUGUAACGAUUGCCAUUUUCCUUACCUGUAUUUUAUAUGGCAUCUUUAGACCACUUCACCGUUUAUUAUGUACGUAAGUAAAUAUCGCCCGUUUUUUUUUUUUUUUGGAUUGAAAAUCGUCGUCUGCACUAUGUUUGAUUCAUAAUAUCCCUGAUAACGAUUUUUACUCUCUUAUCAAUUGAAGCUGAACUCUGCGCCCUUGCACAAAGCAGCGAAGCAUCUCUCGUAAACACCUGAGAACCAAAGUACACCUAGCAUCCCCCUCUACUCCUCUAUGAAUCCCCCCAUAGUUCCUCCCCAAGGACCCACCUGACAUUGACGGUUUGCCCUCCCCCGCCCCCCGUUACAAACAUUUUCUGAUGAGUAUGAUUAUAUAUAAUGACAUUACAGCACGUGUGAUUUAGUCUGAGGUGUUUUUACACCGUGGUUGUCGUGGAGACGCAGACAGACAUUGGGACAGCAAGUGAGCAGGCAGGUUUGGACGUUUGUGGCCAGGAAUGGCAGAUAGUCGGUGCGUGUGUAGGCAUCGUGGUUAAUCCACUUGCUCGGUUCUUCAUUGACUGAACUUAGGCUGCGUGAUCCGCUGCAUUCGCUCACAUCAGAUCUACACUAAUAUACAGGAAGGAAGGGAUGACGCCCGAAAGCUUUCAGUCAUGCUGGGGUUUUGGCGCCCUCUUUUGCAUUUUUCUUACAUGUAAAUGUUACGCUCUCUCAAACCUGCCUUUAACUCCCCAGACUCAGCCCAACUGAGUCUUGUCAUGCUGUAAGUGGGCACGGAGGCUGUUGAAAGAGGCUGAACUAUCCUCAAAAGUCAAAGCUGAGAUUGACCGGCCCUCCAGGAGACCUAAUACAACACAUGAAUAUCAGGCAGGAAAUAAUGAACCCGAAGGAAUUGGUUGAAGACCAAGACAAAAAACAGGAACAAUUAGUCGAAAUACAAUAUUCAAUUGAAAAUUGUAGAAUAUCUUUUCAAGCUUUGGUUCCAGCUUUUCUGCUGUCAGUUGGUAGAAGAAACGGAUUUUAUUCAUUCAACGUUCACUGGUUCCAGCUUCUCAAAUGUGAACUUCUAGAUGAUCUGUGAAAUGUUUUGGUUGCUUGUUCAAUAAGAAAAAUGAUUUGAACUAGACUGCAGGAAAUGAUAAAUACUUCCUGGUACUUUUUGUAAAAAGAAAAAAAAUUAUAAUGCAAAUGUUGCAGCCCUGAUUUCUUAAUCAGAAAGAUAGGAGACAGGAGAGAAAGUGUCAAAGUUGUCACCUUAAACUUUGUGAAAUUUUACAAGCCAGAUAUUGCCGACAAAUUCCAACAUCUUUCAUUCGUUAUCCACACAAAUUACAUUUCUGUUGUCGGCUGUAAGCCAAGAUGACGAGAAGUGGUCAUAAAUCUCAGCUGAAACUUUGAGUAAAAUUCACCCUCUCUGUUACUGAUGAAAUAAAAAGAGUUGUCAUUAAGCCGGUUAAAAGCAUUCGCCUCUCUGCCUACAAAAAUGGGAGCAUCUCUGAAGAGCUCGACAAUGUGAAGAGAACCAAAAUUCCCAGAACAGAUGUGUACUAUGUAGUAUUGUCGAAGUGAAACAGUAUUAAUGUCAUCGUAAGAAUGUGGAAAGGAGUCAUCGGUUGUGUUGAACCUGUCCUGAUCUAUUCGCAGGACCCUCACAGCAUUUUGUCCAGUUUGAACAAAGGUCCCUUGUUUCUGUCUGUCUCUCUCUACACUGCCACUCCCCCCCUCAACAGCCCCCCAAGCUCCAGUGUAACCCCACCACCACGACCUCCACCCCCCAUGUGGCUGAGUCCCAGUAAAGUCAGUCCUCAGCAACAUGUGUCCUGAUGCAUCAGCACCCAGAACCACCCAAAACUACCUGUGCAGCGAAAAAAAAGGGUUAAAAUCUAUCCAUAAUAUUAUUGUUAUAGAAAUAUUAUCAUCAUCAUUAUUGCUGUUAUAAUUAUGGUUGGUAUAAUUUGUCAUCAUUGUUAGCAUUAUGGAAGCACCAGACGGUUUGUGGAAAGGUGAGAAAAGAAGGCUUUUUUUUCUUUUUCUUUUUUUUUUUUUUUUUUAAAUUGUCUGGCUGUUGGUGGUCUGAUCUCACAGAGGGAGGGGAGGAAAGGUUCAGAAAGAGACAAAAAGAUGGCAGUCAUGUUUGUACUGGUUGGGAAAUGACUUACAGUGCUGAAAUAAAAUUUAUUCUUUUAGUAAAAAAAAAGUA